AUGCCUGUAUUAUCCAGACUACAAUCAGUGAAAGAUUUAGGUCUAUGCAUUAACUGUCUAUCACAUACAUAUAUUAUCAAAGACUGCAAGUCAAAUGGUUGCAAAACUUGCAGCAAAAAACACAACACACUUUUACACCUUCAAAAGGACCACUCCAACAGCAAAAAUUUAAAUUUUGAGUCAAGAAAAGUAAACGGUCAUCCUGCAGCCUUAACGUCUAAUGUUACUGACAAACACAUUCUCCUCUCAACAGCAGUAGUAGAUAUAGAGAAUAAUAAUGGCGGGACAACAGCGUGCAGAGUGUUGUUGGAUUCGGCUUCACAGUCGAAUUUCAUUACAGAAAGGAUGGUGAGAGCAUUAAAUUUGCAAAAGGUACGCUCAAACAUCCAAAUCACUGGCAUCGGAAAUAGGCAGGCCUCCAUCUCACACGUUGUCUAUUGCACCAUCCACUCACAACAUAGUGCUUACAAAACUACAUUAAGCUGUCUCAUUUUACCUAAAAUAACUAACGAUUUGCCCCACACUCAGAUUGACACAAGCAAUUGGAAUCUGCCAUCAACAAUGACUCUAGCAGAUUUUAAUUUUAACUCACCAGGGCCAAUAGACAUGCUCAUAGGAGCAGAGCUCUUUUUUAGUUUAUUGUGUGUUGGACAGGUGAGACCACACAGAUCGGCGCCAAUUUUCCAAAAGACAUCAUUAGGUUGGGUCGCCUCUGGUAGGGUGGCUACUAGGAAACAACAACCAACCUUGACAUGCAAUUUAUCUAUAGAUGAUCAAGUAACAAGGCAUGUGCAACGUUUCUGGGAAAUUGAAGAUUGUGACGUUCACACAUCCCCAGCCAGUCAAACUACCACGUUUGAACGGAUGCACACAGAAACAACGUACAGGGAUUCUACAGGCAAAUAUGUAGUUAACUUGCCAUGUAGUGAUGACAUAAAUAGUCUAGGUGAGUCCAAGAAAACAGCUGAAUCUCGAUUUAGUCAAUUGGAAAGAAAAUUAGAAAGAGAUCCUAAUCUACAUGCAGCAUAUUCACAAUUCAUGAAUGAAUAUGAAGCACUAGGGCAUAUGGAAGCGGUGGAACCCAACGUGAAGCCAGUUGGUCCAGUAUAUUACAUUCCGCAUCUACCUGUCGUUAGAGAAGACAGUUCAACAACGAAGCUCAGAGUUGUAUUUGAUGCUUCGGCCAAAACGAGCAGUGGUCGAUCAUUAAAUGACUGUCUUUUAGUUGGUCCUACCAUUCAGCAAGAUGUCUUCUCAAUCUUAGCAAGAUUUCGAUAUCAUACCUUCGUAUUAAGUGCAGAUAUAGAGAAAAUGUACCGCCAGGUAUACAUUAAUGAGAAACAACUGGACUUACAGCGCAUACUAUGGAGACAAGGUAGAGAUCAACCUCUAAAAGUCUAUAGGUUAAAAACUGUCACCUAUGGUACAGCAGCAGCACCCUUCUUAGCAAUCAGGACCCUCCAUCAACUGGCCACAGAUGAACGAUCAACAUAUCCUAUAGCCUCAUCUAUAGCGCUAUCAGAUUUCUAUGUAGAUGAUCUUAUGACAGGUGCAAAAACACUCGAGGACGCUAAAGUCAUUCAAACACAAAUGUCGCAAAUGCUUAACUCAGGAGGAUUUAAUUUAAGAAAAUGGAAUUCAAAUUCGAAGGAAUUGUUGGAAACAAUCCCAGAUAAAAACAGAGCAGAACAGGAACAUUACAUGAGAGAAGAUUAUAAUAGGCUCAGGGAAGGAAAGAAGAUUAGGAAAGACAGUCCAUUGUGGAAUCUUCAGUCUUUUUUUGGUCCCGAGAAACUCAUUAGAGUAGGCGGGAGAUUAAAACAUGCAAAAAUCAAAAUAGAUCAAAAACAUCCCAUUGUUUUACCAUACAAGUCACAUCUAACAGAACUUAUUUUUCGUCAUGAGCACAUCAGACUUCUGCAUGCGGCACCUCAACUGCUGCUUGCAUCGUUGCGGCAACGAUAUUGGCCCCUUAAUGGACGAAAUUUAGCAAGACGUACCACACACAGUUGCGUCAAGUGUUUUAAGGCUAAUCCAAAAACAACGCAACCUCAGAUGGGUGACUUACCAUCAGAUCGAGUACGCCCAUGUCGACCUUUCAGUAAUACUGGCACUGAUAUCAGCGGCCCAGUAUUUAUUAAAGCCUCAAAAAGACGAAACAGUCCUACAUCGAAGGGAUACAUAGUGAUAUUUGUAUGUCUUGCAACCAAAGCUGUACAUUUAGAAGUAGUAACAGACAUGACCAGUGAAGCAUUUAUAGCAGCAUUCAAGAGAUUUAUUUCACGACGAGGAAUUGUUACAAACAUGUACUCGGACAAUGGCACCAAUUUCGUAGGCGCAGAGAGAGAGCUUCGAGAGCUUCAAGAUCUGUUUACAAACGAAGAACAUCAGAGAAGAAUCGUCGAAGAAUCAACCGCUCACCUCAUUAAGUGGCACUUCAUUCCACCCUGA